AUGACCGAGAACACCACUCCAAGCACCGCAGCUUCCCAAACACCUGACGACAUCGGAGAGGAGCUCAAAUGCCUCGCCCUCGAAUGGCCGAUCAUUCUCAACGAGCGCGACGCAGACUUCGCCAGCCCGCGCGGCCAGGCCAUCAGAGCCACGAUAGCGCCUGAAUUCACCGCGGUUCUCGAUUCGUACCCGUCGAAGAUGACCUGGGCAGAAUUGCUCCAAGUCUGGGCGCAAGAGCAUGUAGAUUAUCCGAAUUGUCGGUUAGAGGCGACGGGGUGUCAGGCAUAUGUUGAUGUGAAGAAGGGGACGGCGAAGGUGUAUAUGGAGUUGAAUAUGAAGUUUGUUGAGAGGAUUGAUUUGAAGGCUUUGACGGAGUUGAGGUGGAUGCGGUAUGAGGAUGGGAGGUGGUUGGUGAGAGGUUUUUACUUGAUGAGGGGCCAUAGUGGGAGCACGGGAUUCGUAUGA